AAACGAGACAAGGGAGGGGAGGGGAAUAUAGGAAAUUCCUCUUCGCGUUUUUCCUGUUCGUGGCAUCUUGCGCUGCGCAGCGUUAGCGACACCACCGGGAGCUGUGCGCAUAUUUUCUAUCCGUGUAAGGAGCACCGGAGGCGGAGGCUUUUGAGCAGAUCGACGGGCAGUGCGGGCUUCCCCGUCUAAUAUGAAAGCGUUUUUAUCCUGAUGCACCGAUGCGGGAGGAGCUGCGACUCAUGGGGUGCUGAUUUGCGUUUUGCAUUUUUACAAACUCGGAUGUGUUUUUGCACGAUCCGGGAGGCCUCGCUUACACGGCAUCUUUCUGCAGCUCUGUUUUUUUUUUUGUUUUUUUUUAAAUAACUACUGCAGGCUGAGAAACGAGCUUUCAGUCCCCGCUGAGUGUUACAUAACCGAGUGGCUUUAGCUGUCCAAGGUGCUGAACUGAGCGGUCGAACCUCAAAACGGGGGGACGAGCUGUGGGGAAUACACAACCUUGUAAGGUCAAAGGCCUGGAAAGCACUGGAUCCCACCUCGGAGAACAGAAGUGGAAAACUGGUGAAGAUUGGUUAUAUUGCUCACAUUUCUUUUUACUCCACGCCAUCCCUCGGGGAGAAAUUAGUUUCUGCGGUGGUUGAUUGAGCGGAGAGGGAAAAUGUCGGGGCAGACGCUCACGGAUCGCAUUGCCGCUGCGCAGUACCAGCUAACGGGAUCGGAUAUGGCCCGGGCUGUCUGCAAAGCCACCACUCACGAAGUGAUGGCGCCCAAGAAGAAGCACCUGGAAUACCUAGUGUCGGCCACCAACACCACCAAUGUAAACAUCCCUCAGAUGGCUGACACGCUGUUUGAGCGAUCCACCAACGCCAGCUGGGUGGUCGUCUUCAAGGCUCUAGUCACCACUCAUCACAUGUGCGUCCAUGGCAACGAGAGGUUCAUUCAGUAUUUGGCUUCCAGGACCUCCUUGUUCAACCUCAGUAAUUUCAUUGACAAAACUGGCUCUCAUGGCUAUGACAUGUCUACAUUCAUCAGGCGGUAUGCACGAUACCUGAAUGAGAAAGCCUUCGCCUACCGCCAAAUGGCUUUUGACUUCACCAGGGUGAAGAAAGGUGCCGAGGGAGUGAUGAGAACCAUGACCACCGAGAAGCUGCUGAAAGGCAUGCCUGUUCUGCAGACUCAGAUCGACACACUCUUGGAGUUUGACGUUCAUCCGAAGGAGCUGAACAAUGGGAUCAUCAAUGCUGCCUUCAUGCUUCUCUUCAAAGAUCUGGUGAAGCUGUUUGCAUCCUAUAACGAUGGAAUCAUCAACCUGUUAGAAAAGUUCUUCAAGAUGAAAAAAAGUGAUUGUAAGGAGGCCUUGGAGAUUUAUAAGAGGUUCCUGACCAGGGUGACGAAAAUUGGGGAGUUCAUGAAGUUGGCUGAGACAGUCGGAGUGGACAAAAAUGAUAUUCCUGACAUCAACUAUGCUCCCAGCAGUAUCCUGGAGUCUCUGGAAACACACAUGAACGGUCUGGAGGACGUCAAAGGUGGAAAGAAAGGUGAAGGGUCUCCAACAAAGGGGUCUCCAACAAACAACGUGUCUCCAACAUCGACUCCAGCCAAAUCUUCAAAUGCCGUUCCUACGCUGCAGCCGCCUCCUGGGGACGGAGCCGCUGCCGCCGCUGCUCCUGAGCCAGCUGAAGAUUCUUUGUUGGACUUGGAUCCUCUGUCCUCCACUGGUCCCACAGCGGCAUCAGCUGCACCGACAUCUUGGGGAGACCUGCUUGGAUCAGAAAUGGGCGAUUCCUUGCUAUCUGAACCCCCACUCGCCGCAGAGGCCGCCCCCUCCCCUGCAGCAGCAGCGCCCACUCCUGCAGCGGCAGAACCUGGCGUCUCUCUAGCUCCUCCCACUAGCACAGCAGCCGCCACUUCCCCUGGUGCCGCCAAUAUGGAUCUGUUGGGAGACGCCUUUGCUGCUGCACCUGCUGCUUCCUCUGAGGCCACUGCUGCAGCAGCAGAGGGUGGGGCUGCUGCUUCGUCCACCCCAGCCACUAACUCUGGAGCUGAUAUGUUUGACUCCAUGCCAGACUCAAGCUUCUCCAAAACGGACCCAUUACCCAGCACUGACUUGUUUUCAGCAGAACCUACAGGAGGGGAUGCCCCAGCUGCUGCUGCUGCACCAGCUGCUGCUCCUGCUGCAACUGCUGCUGCGGCUCCAGGUUCUGAGCUCAUGUCAGUAUUUGAUGGGCUAGGCGACAUAAUGAAGCCCACUGUGACCCCUCAAGCGGGUGAUGUUGACACCUCCAUGGCUAACAUGGCAAGUAACCUCAUAAUGGGAACUGCAGCGGCUCCUCAGGUAGCUCCCCCUUGUUGGGGUGCACCCAUGGCACCAGUUGCCGGAGCACCAAUGAUGCCCAUGGCCAGGCCAGGCUUCCCUGCUGCAGGAGUAACCCCGGGGGCACCGAUGUCUCCUGGAAUGGCCCAAAGCCCCAGAAAGCCCCCACCACCCAGGAAUGCUCUGGAUGACCUGAAUAUCAAGGACUUUAUGUAGACUGCCUGACCCAUUAACCCCAAAGUUUGUCAUUGUGUCUGGAGAUCUGUGGAUAUGGAUGUCUGCAACCCCCUCACCCUUCCAGUCCCUUCUUCAGCCAGCCAGCCAUCAUCUCUUUGGUCUUUUCCGUCUAACCCCCCACCAGCCUUGACUCUUGUAACAAACUCUCCCUUCCUAUCCAAUGUUGUAGCACAACUGUGAAUAUGAACCCUAGAUACAGAAAACCAGAGUUAUGUUUCAAUGUGUGUGAGUGUGUGUGUAUUUCAGUGUUAACCUUUACUUAAUAUACUAUGGAAAAAUAAAUGACCAAAAAAAAAAAAAAAAAUCAAUAAAUGUGUAUUUAGAAUCAUUCAGCAUAUCAGCUGACUUGGAAUGGUGGAAAUAUGUUGGUUUCUUUUUGCAUCAACCAGACAAGGACUGUGUUUAAAGUUAAAUGUGGACUGUGUUCAGUGUAGCUUCACUCGCCAAUCCCCAAGUCACUCUCCUCUGCCCCUGAUGUCCAAACCAGUACUGAGCGAUGUUUUAUGUCAUUAUUAACUUGCUUGUACCCAUAUUAGCUUGGGAUUCAUCCUCCCACCUGUCAACCUCACGACACAAAAGCACCAUAACUGAACUUGCACUGUUCAUCCGGACUUAUAAUUGAGCACAUCUGCUUUCUGUUUUACAUUCAGUUUCCUUCAUUUUGACAUUGUGUGAAACAUGCAAAAAAUAAAACAAUUGUGAACUGUUCGAAUUGACAUAUGCAUUUUAGACUACUUUAAAAGACAGAUUUUACAUAUUUUCAGUAAUCUUUAUUGUUAAAAAAGUAUAAAUAUAUUUAUUUUUAGUUACUUUAAAUGAAAGAAAAACAGCAAGUUCGCAUAAAUUUCCGCAUUUUCUUUGUUCUUACUUCUCUGUCAAAAAGAGAUGGUAUUGAAUGGAGUGUGUUCUGUGGCGCCCCUUGCUGGUGUGAAGUGAUACUGCAUUAAAGCAUGCAACAGGCCGAUCUGGGAUGCAUUUUAAUAAUCUCAGUGAGCUAAUUUUUUUCUUUUUGUCUUGGUCUUAACACAAGUAGAAGUUACAGUAAAGGACACAGUUUGUGUGAUUGCAAUGGGGUUUUAGCUCUCUUUGGGUCAUUUCUGAUGCAGCAGCAGUCGGUACAUUUGCUCAUGUGCAGCCUCUGGGUCUUACAGGCUUACUGUAAACACGCAAGUGUUCACUGGAUGUUUCUCUGUGUUACUUAUUUUAAAAAGGUGACUGUAUUUUAAUUCAUUGUGGCAUUAAGUGGUAUUAACUGUUGAAAGAAAAAUAAACGACGAGUAUGACACAUUAAAAAGAUUGUGGAUAAGUAAUAUUUGUUUGGUAUAUGACGGCUGUUUGCCCAUUUUUUUGGUUUUUGUUAUAAUGAAUGGUAUCGUCCACUCUCCCCGCCUGCAUGUGAGUCCGAAUUAGAUGCAAUAAAAGACAAAUAACACAUCCAAA